UGGCGGAAGGAGGCGGCGAUUUUGACGAAGGCAAAAAACUUUUUGAUCUACUUAACAAAAUGUUUGUUGAAGACCCCGAAAUAGAAGAAAUGGAUUUUAUUUUCUGCCCGGACUGUGUGAAGAAUCAAGAAAAUGAUCAAAUAGCGAUGGUCAAUGAGAAACAUAGACUAGGAAUUAAAACUUGGGCAGUUAAGCCGUUGUAUAUGUUUGUUUAUAACCUUCUUAUACAUCAAAGAAAGCAUAAGAAUAUUGAAGUUACAGAAACACUACAACUUUCAAGAGCAUUAUUGCUAUUGAAUGCUGAAUGUUAUACAGCUUGGAAUAUAAGGAAAGACUUAAUCAUUUCAGGACUUUUGAGUGUUGAUGACGAUCUGAGUUUCUCUUCUUUAAUAUUAUCUAAAUACCCUAGAAGUGCCGAGACAUUUAGUCAUAGAAAGUGGACUGUCAAUCAAUAUACCAGCCAAAAAGGAAAGUCUGCAUUUAGACAACAAUGGCUGAAAAAAGAACUGUCCRUGUGUCUCUAUUGUGUUGAUCAUUACCCUGACAACUAUSUUGCUUGGACACAUCGUGGUUGGAUAAUAGAAGAAUUUAUUGAUUCAAAGAAGAAAUUAAUUGCAGAGCUGUGUAGCAUGGAAAAAUGGRUUCAGAUGCACGUAUCUGAUCAUUGUGGGUACCAUUUCAGACAAAAAAUAAUUAAAAAACUCAAAAAUAUCAGUUCUACGGAUGAGUUGGCUGUGCUUCUGCUAGACGAAUUAGACUUUGUUACUAAGUUACAAGAAUCACUUCCUGGUCAUGAGUCUAUUUGGUGUCAUAGACGCUUCGUUGUCGAUUUUCUAAAUAGUUGGAUACUUUCACUUCCCCAUUCAAGUAUUCAAGAGCUWAAUACGCACUUCUCGUUGAACACCACUUCGAGUCCAAACUCAACSACUCAACAUUGCUGGAUGCCAUGUGUAAUGAGUUUGAGCUCUCUCUGCCAGACAGCGCUAGUCAAGCUAAGGUCGUCCUAUGGUAGUAACAAGAUGCAAGCAAGUAGUUUGCCGACGAGAUUUCCAUCMUAUCAGUCAGAAUUAGACUACUGUACCAACAUUCUACGGAAAUCUAAAGAAUUUCAAAAUAUCGUGAUUGGAUAUAAGAAAUGGUUGCAAUUACGAAAUGGAAGGACGACAGAUCCUUUAAGCUGAAGRCUGGCAGCCUUUUUGGCGCGAAAAUCUCUAUCGCGCACGUGUCUGAAAAUCGCUUCAAUAAUUUUGGCGCGAAAACUGACGACGCGCACAGAGCGAGGCGCCACAAAAAUUUCCACUUUUGGCGCGCAAAACUCACAAUAUUCGGGCGUCAAAAUAAUUUGGGUGCGUCGAAGCGCAAAAGUUUUGAAAUAUUUAAAAAUACAUAGAAAUUUAGACUUUUUUCAAGGUAAUAGUAAUAGUAAAAUUGCUGGAAUCAAAUUAUUACCAGCCAAAAAUUCAGCGACUUGCGCGCUUUAGUCGGCCUGAAAAUAUUUUCAAAGCAACCUUGGAGUAACUGCUUAUCAACUGCUGAAAGUCCCUUCUGGGAGCACGCAAAAUAUCGAAAAAUUGUCCAGUAUUCUUGAUAAUAAGAAUUUGAUUAGGAUUAUAAAUUAUUUUAAUGAUAUAAAGUAUUUAUAUAGAAAUUUAUAGAAUGAAUACAAUAAACAAAUUUCUCAAUAAAA